AUGCCAAUUGCCAAGAACAAUGAGUCCUGGCUUCGAGGCGGAGAAGAACUCAGGGGUCAGAGACUGCUUCCUCAUGUUAUCGACCAUCACGCCCAUAGAAACCCAAACCGAGUGUUUGCCUGUGUCCCAAAAUCUCAGGAUAUUGCGGAUGGGUUUGAAGACAUUGACAUGAAGUCAAUGGCAACUGCCGUCGAUUUCAUGGCUUGGUGGCUUGAUGAGCAUUCCAAAAGUGUGCCAGGCAAAGACAGAGUUUUGGCCUAUGUCGGAAUGCCAGACAUGCGCUAUCCUAUUCUUCUGUUUGCAGCAAUCAAAGCUGGGUGGACGGCAAUGUGGGUAUCACCAAGAAACCCAGCUGAGCAAAACGCCUAUUUGCUGCGCCAGGCGGGCGUGAGCCUUAUCCUCUAUGCCGAUAUACUAGAGACAGUCGUCAAAGGCAUCCAGCAGAUUGACCCCACCUCUUCGUGGCCCUCUAUAUUGGUGCCAUCUGUAGGUGAAGUAAUGAAUGGGCGCUCGUCCCCUUACCCUUACGAUGCCUUAUAUGAGGAUAUAAAGAAUGAAAAGUGUCUCAUCAUGCACACUUCCGGGUCUACAGGACUUCCAAAGAUUGUGUCUUACACGCACGCUGCUUUUGCUUGCACUGACUCUGACCGGAAUAUCUCUGUCCCAGAGGGACGGCGACCACAGAAUGCUCAGCAAUUCGAUUUCUCCCCUCCUGGGCGAUUUUACUGUUGCUUCCCACCGUUCCAUCUGGCAGGCACCAUGGCAUUCAUGAUAAUCCCUACAUUUUCCACGACCGCAACCCCUGUCUGGGGUCCCUCGACCUCGCCACCUAGUGGCCAACUUGUUAGCUCAAUCAUGGACCAGAUAACAAUUCGAGCAUUCUAUGUUCCUCCUUCUGUCAUCGAGCAGUUCGUGACCCUUCCAAAUGCAUAUAAGCAAGCAGAGAGCCUCGACUUUGUGCUAUACGGUGGGGGGCCCUCUCCCCCAGCGUCGGGCACAAGCUCAGCAAGCUUGCCGACGUUUGCCAAAUUUCCCCAGCCUGGCGAGUGGCAAUACCUUGAGCUCAACCCUGCCGAAGAGUGCGACAUGCAAGAGGUCGAGGAAGGCUCCGGCCUUUUCGAAAUGGUAUUGCAUCAGGACGAGAAGUUCAAAGCCCAGCGCACCCUUUCACAUACAUUUCCAGAUGUGAAAGAGUGGCGCACAAAGGAUCUGUUUACCCGUCACCCUACGAAGUCGGGCUUGUGGCAGUUUCACUCUCGCACUGAUGAUCUCAUCGCGCUGGGAACUAGUGCUAAGGUGUUUCCUGUUCCGAUGGAGACUGCUUUGCAGGGUGAUCCUAAUAUCGCCGGGGCGUUGGUUGUCGGAAAUGGCCGCCCAGUUGUUCUGCUUAUUAUUGAGCCGGUGGAAGGCAUGAAGGAUGUGAGCAAAGAUGAGUUCAUCGACAAGAUCUGGGCAUCGGUUGAGGAGGCAAAUGCUGCUGUUCCCUCUCAAGGAAAGAUUCCGCGAUCUCGAAUUAUUUUGACGGAUCCAGCUGUCGGAUUUUUGAGGACUCCCAAAGGCACUAUUGCACGCAAGGCCUCGGAGGCUCAUUAUGCCGAAACCAUUGACGGGGUCUUUAGAGAUACUGUCUUUAUCGAUGAUAGCUUAACUAACUGGGGGCCCAACGUGAUCCAUCAGCUUCAAUACCCGCAGCUCAAACAAGCCUUCUUUCAGCGGCUUGAAAGCCAAAGUGACCUUAUUCGCUCCCUGGUUGCCCACCACUUGGGUGUUGACCCAGCGAGUUGCGAGGUCUCGCCUCCGGAGUACUGGCGCAAUGGAUCUUUUAACGCCUGCCUGCCGGCUCGCAUCGACGCUCCAGAUCCUGCGCAACCCAGAUUCGUCAUGGUCCGAUUUCCACUGCCUUACCGUGUCGGAGAGGCAACGCGUCCUGGAAAUUCAGACGAAAAACUUAGAUGUGAAGCCGCUACUUCUUCAUGGCUUCAAGAGCACUGUCCUUCGGUCCCUAUACCACAUCUAUACGGCGUAGGGCUAUCCACGGGGCAGAAGCGACAUUUUCGGACCCUGCUCGGCUAUCCGUGUCCGACCCAAUAUAUCCCGCAUGACUCGAGUGCAUCGACUUCUCUCGGAUUGGGCUACUUAGUGAUUGAGACCAUCGCUGAUACCGAAGGACGAAUGCUUUCGGGCUCGUGGGAUGAGAAGCGCGAGGAUGAACGCUUGCAGGGCAAUCUCCAGCGAAGCCUCGCGCGAAUACUCCUUUCGCUCACAGCCGUUCCCCUUCCCCGCAUUGGUGCGUUCCGACUUGAUGAUGCCGGCUAUAUCAACCUUGACAAUCGCCCAAUCAGCGUUGAAGUCAUUUUACAAGAGAACGAAGACCUUCCCCUGAACGUCCCACGCCACGAGACCUACACCCGUGUAGAUGAUUUCGUUCUUGCAAAGCUAGACGCCUUCAACAACCGACUACUGCACCAGCCAAAUGCCGUUGUAACCGAUAUCGAUGGAAGGUUCGAAAUGGCAGGUCUUGCCGUAGCACGAGCCAUCUUCCCGCAGAUGUUACGGAGAGACCUCCUUUCCGGUCCCUUCGUCCUCAGUCUGACAGAUCUCCACAGAAGUAAUAUCAUGGUCGACGAUGAUUGGAACAUAGUGCGCAUUAUCGACCUCGAGUUCGCCUGUUCGUGGCCUCUCGAAUUCCAACAGCCACCCUACUGGCUUGGAGGACAAUGCUCUGAUGAGAUUGAUUCCACUUCAUUCAGCCCUUAUUUUAAUCGCUUUGUCCAGAUUCUGGAGGAGCAAGAGGAGCUUCUUAGUACAAGGACCCCUAACAAGCUUUCAUCUAUAAUGAGAAACGCAUGGGCCAGUGGGACUUUCUGGCUUACUCUGGCGAUUGGGGAUCCAGUUGCCUUUUCCCCGAUCUUUUGGUAUCGAAUUUUGCCCUAUCGACUAAAUCUCACAGUAGAUCACACGACAGAUUUUACGCUUUUGGCAAAUCUUUGGGGAGGGCCUGACAUUCUACAGAAAAAGUUGCAGGACUAUGAUCAGUACUUGAAGGAGGUUGAUAGUAUUUUUGAGCCAAAUGACGGUUUACUUCCAUCUUGA